UUAAAAAAAAAAAAAAAAAAAAAAGGCGUUGCCCUAAGUGCAAUGCAGGGAGUGACCAAGCCUGCAGCUGCAGGUUCUUCCGUGUGCUCUCCUCCCCACCCUGCCGUUGUGCAAGUGUGGAUCACCUCUUGCCUGUUAAUUCUCCUGCAUCCUGCUGCUAUAAAGCAGUCUUCUGAACGCGUCUGUCUGAUCACGUUGUUCCCCGCCACAGACCCUUUUCGGCAGAUUUUAUCCUAAUGGCUGACUCGAAACCACUGCCUUCCCUCGAUGGGGACCCGAAGGCUGCGGAGGCCUGGCUCCGGGAUGUGUUCGAGAUCAUUGUGGAGGAGGCCAUUCAGAAAGGGACCAGUACUUCUGAGAAGGUCUGCGAGUGGAAGGAGCCUGAGGAGCUGAAGCAGCUGCUAGAUUUGGAGCUGCAGAGCUGCGGCGAGGCACAGGAGCAGAUCCUGGAGCACUGUCGGGCUGUGAUUCACUACAGCGUCAAGACCGGUCACCCGCGGUUCUUCAACCAGCUCUUCUCGGGGUUGGACCCCCAUGCUCUGGCCGGACGCAUUAUCACUGAGAGCCUCAACACCAGCCAGUACACGUAUGAGAUCGCCCCCGUGUUUGUCCUCAUGGAAGAGGAGGUGCUGAAGAAACUGCGGGCCCUGGUGGGCUGGAGCUCUGGGGACGGGGUCUUCUGCCCUGGUGGCUCCAUUUCUAACAUGUACGCGAUGAACCUGGCCCGCUAUCGGCGCUACCCAGACUGCAAGCAGAAGGGCCUCCGGGCACUGCCACCCUUGGCCAUCUUCACAUCACAGGAGUGUCACUACUCCAUCAACAAGGGAGCUGCUUUCCUGGGCUUUGGCAUUGACAGUGUUCGAGUGGUCAAGGCUGAUGAGAGAGGGAAAAUGAUCUCUGAGGACUUGGAAAGGCAGAUCAACCUGGCAGAAGCUGAGGGUGCUGUGCCGUUCCUGGUCUGUGCCACCUCUGGUACCACUGUCCUGGGGGCCUUUGACCCCCUGAAUGCAGUUGCUGAUGUGUGCCAGCGCCAUGGACUGUGGUUACACGUGGACGCUGCCUGGGGUGGGAGCGUCCUGCUGUCACAGACACACAGGCAUCUCCUGGAUGGGAUCCAGAGGGCUGACUCCGUGGCCUGGAACCCCCACAAGCUCCUGGGCGCAGGCCUGCAGUGCUCUGCGCUUCUUCUCCAGGACACCUCGAACCUGCUCAAGCACUGCCACGAGUCCCAGGCCAGCUACCUUUUCCAGCAGGACAAGUUCUACGACGUGGCUCUGGACACGGGGGACAAGGUGGUGCAGUGUGGCCGCCGUGUGGACUGUCUGAAGCUGUGGCUCCUAUGGAAGGCACAGGGCGGGCAGGGGCUGGAGCAGCGGAUCGACCGGGCUUUUGCCCUUGCCCAGUACCUGGUGGAGGAAGUCAAGAAGCGGGAAGGGUUUGAACUGAUCAUGGAGCCUGAGUUUGUCAACGUGUGCUUCUGGUUCGUGCCCCCAAGCCUCCGAGGGAAGCGGGAGAGUCCGGAUUACAGCCAGAGGCUGUCUCAGGUGGCCCCCGUGCUCAAGGAGCGCAUGGUAAAGGAGGGCUCCAUGAUGAUCGGCUACCAGCCCCAUGGGACCCGCGGCAACUUCUUCCGCGUGAUCGUGGCCAACCCCAUGCUGACCCGUGCAGACAUGGACUUCCUCCUCGACGAGCUGGAGAGGCUUGGCCAGGACCUGUGAAUCUUCGCCCUCUUGUGGCCGUUUAGACGCCAUCCUUGACCCCGUCCUCCUCCAACUCUGCACUGUCUCUUGUGCUCUCCAAGUGGCCUUAACCAUGUUUAUAUGCUUCGACCCCUUAACUCUCUUAAUUACACACUUGCUAUUAGGAGAAUGCUUAAAUAAACUAUAGUCUAUCCAUGUGAUGGACUGUUACUCUUGAAUCAAGAUAUUUACAAAGAGAACUUUUAUUAACCCAAGAAAAAAUAAUAUAAUGUUAUAUGGAAAAAGCUGAAUAUAAGACUUUAUAUAUAAUGAUACUAGAGAUAUAUUAAAAACAUAUAGGAAGGGACAGGUGUGGUGGCACACAGCUGAAAUCCCAGCCUUCAGAAGGCCGAGGCAGGAGGAUUUGAGCAAGACCCUGCCUCCAAAAACUAUGAACUAUGCCAAAGUGUUAACAGUUUUUCCCCUGGAUGGAAUAAUAGGCAAUUUUCAAAUCACAGCCUCUAUACCUUUUGUGCUCCUCUCUUGUGAUAUGUAAGGAAUAUGAAUUACUUUGUAAUAGGAAAACAAUAAAGUUAAAAUUUCAAGUAUUU